GAGGUCUAACUCAAUGCCAGUCGGUAUGCGUUGUGUUGCGCGCGCGCUUGUGUGGUGUAGCAUUUUGUGAGUGACUUAUGUGGUAGAGACCUGCGAUGGCAAUCUUCGAUAAGUGGGUCGCGCUCAAGAUUAUCGAGUUCUUAUUCUGCGUUGCAUGCCUGGUUGCGAAGCGUGUAUCGACUGACGACGAAGCACGACUAGCGUUAUUAUUACAAAAACUAUCUCGCGAAUGGUCUUUGCUAAAUUCUAUCACUUGGGACUCUUCAGGGAGUGCAUUUGCUGACGCUACAUAUGGAGGAUACGUGAUCAUCACAUUUGGUCUCAUCUUCGCUCGAGCCUUUCAAGAGAUACCUAGAGGACGCCGUAUAUUGGAGGGAAUUCUCCUCGGUUUCGGGUUGCUGUUUUUCUUAGUUUUGGGUGGUCUAGAGCUAGCUUCCCUAGACGCAAUCCCAGACACUCUAACCGUAAAUGCAGCAGUUCUUGGAGCUCUCUCACUGGCGGUAGCAGCCCUUUUCCUCCUCGAUUUGAUGGGCCCCAGAGUCUACACCGCCACAAGGCCCUCGCAGACAGAUAAAACAGAACCCGUGAAGUCACCAAAAAGCGAGAAGAAAGUCUCAAUUCUGUCACAGCCAUCGACGAAUGGUCAUCUACCAAACGACAAACAGAAUGGAAAACUUCCAGAAAGACCAAAAGAUCUAGAUUUAGGUAAAGAAACUAAAAAGGCAGAUACUCCUGUAUUUGAAUCUCCCAAGAGUGUUUUAUCACAACUUGAUGAUUUAGAUAUUGAUAAUUUGGAAAAAUCUAAAUUCGGGUCGUUAAGAAAUAUUGAGGGUGGAAACUAUGUUCGAUUAUCUGAUCCCUUAGUUAUUCCAGACCGGUUACACUACGAGCAGGAGCUAGCAAAAUUUAAUGAGAAGUAUUUCAGAGAUUAUUUAGAAUACGCGGAGAGUUUAGAAGGAAAAGGAAAAGUCGUAAAAGAGCAGUACUUACCUGAGCUGCAGACACCUGUGCUAGCGAAGGUAAAGACAGGGCGAUUAAAGGACUUGUACGAUGAAAUGUCGCCGGUAUAUGAGAAGAAGAGACAGUCAAAAUCACCUACUAGAGCUAAAACAGUUGCGACUCCCACUUUGCAGCAACUUGAAGACUACUUGAAAGGUUCUGGGAGGUCACGACGUGCAGAUACGCCAGCCAUCUAUCCCUUAGAGCGUAUAGAGGAAAAAGAAGGGAACGACGAAGGAAGAGCUUCCGGAACUCCUACAGACCCAGGGUAUGUCCAGUACACGGCAAAUAGAUGGCCAGAAAAGAGGGAGCUAAGAACACCAAGACAUAGUCCAACGCAAUGAACAAAACUAAUUAGGAAGGAUUUUUUUUAAAAUUUGUACACUUAUUAAUAAAAAAUAAAACAAUCGAAUUGCGCCCUUUAACAAUAGUAAUAUGUCUCUUUUCACCACAGAGUAAACGCAAUUUGACGGAAGGAGAUAAGAGAGUUUAACACUAGGUUUUUAAUAAUAGGGAGUUCAUUGAUGCGUGUUAAUUUUCAUAUAUCUAACGAGUGUGUGAGAAAUGUACGCGGAUUGUAUAAUUGUAAGAUAUUUCAUUGACAUUUGAACUAUGUUCAAAGCCUUUUUCUGAUUCUAGUAGACGCUUUGUUUAGCGUAUGUCAUGUAAAAUUAUUUUGUUUUGCUAAGCCAAAGAAUCAUUUGUACACAACCGAUUUGGUUGACAUCUAAAGUAAGGUCGCGAACAAAGUAAUUAUAAUGACUUUACUAUUAGUCAUUGACUUGAUUAAUUCUCUUGUGUGAUAAUUAUCCGUCCAAUGUCAGGUAUAUUCCGACAUACAUAAAGUUACCAGGUAAUGUUAGGAAUAAUUGUUACAUUUUUUAUUAUAACAAACCUAUUGAAAUGAAAAGUGUGUUUCAAAUUUGCAAAACGGGUCGGAAUAAUUUUUUUUUAUAUCGAUUUAACUAUAACAUAAAGUAUGUACAUAUGAUAUAUAACUAAAAAUACGUUUUAAAUUAUUUUAUAGCUGUAAUGUGCUAUCCAUUUAAGAGCGAUUAAUAUGUAGAGUUGAGCUGCAACUGUGUUGUUGAGUAAACGUGAUGUCUCAUGGUAAUCAAAUAUAUUGUUAUUCAUAAAUAACAGAUUAAUGAUAUGUACUAGAAUAAUUCAUUGUUCGAGGCGACAUUUCAAGGCACAUACCGCAUCUAUCUGGAUACAGCACCCUUACUCUGUAGCUUCCAAUAGCGAUAGCUAUACGGAUCCCAAGGUUUUUGUUGCAAGUUCGAUAUCGUUCUCCCAAUAUCCGUAGCGAUGCUUUAUUGGAAUCAGGUUUACUGUCGGUCUGACUAUUAGAAGUUACAGAGUAAGGGUGCUGUAACUUGAAUUAAUUAAUAUAACUUGGGACACUGUAAACAUACGCCACGCACUUUAUUUUCAUGGACGUAUUUGUGAUCAUUUUUUUAAAGCUAUUUAUUAUAGCUUCAAAUGUUACCAAAAGCAUGGCUUAGUUAUUAUUGUGUUCAUUAAGUGCUCAGUAUUUCUCGUAAAAAAGGAUGUUAUAUUGUUAUCAAUGUGAAGUUCACACGAUGUAUUAUAUUUACGUAAAUUAAGAUACAAUUGAUAAUUAGGAUUACUUUAAAUAAACGACUUUUUCAAA